AGGUGGGAGGUAGAGGUAUUGUCACGAGAGCGCCUGUAUCUUGCGUUUAACAUCUCGCGCGAUCUUAGUGGCUAGCGGCGCUUCUCAUUUUAAUGCCCACAAUCAUGGCCGCUCUCCGCCGAGUGAUUUUUACCUUUGGUAAAUCGGUGAGGGAUAAUGUUGCAGCUGUUCGCGUCAGACAUGUGUUUGGUGGAACAACAGAAAAGGGUGCGAGAUCUGUGAAAUCUGGAAUUGCAGGAGUUUGUUUUGCUGCGGGUGGGGCCGCUGUCUGCUAUUAUUUUUAUUCUAGUCAACAUGACCCCUCUAUGAGCAAUUCCAAGCGGAAUAAGGGAUUCCCGUUGAGUGGCAAUGACAGAAGUAGCCUGGUGCCGCUGCCUGCGGUUUCCGCAAAAGAAAAGUUUAGGAGCCUCGAUUUGGAAGAUUCAGAUGUGUACAUUUCAGCUAAUGAACAAAGAUUCAGGAUGUUUUCUUCUGUUGAGUAUGAAGGACAACUUUACAUGACACCUCAGAACUUCAUUGAAUCAGUAACAAUGGAUGAGCCCAAAAGCAGAAGGCAUUGGAGGUCUCUCUCAAAACAGGAGCUAGAGCAAAUACUUUCAGAUACACCACCUGUAUGGAAAGGAACAUCAACAUUGUUCCGAAAUCUACGUGAUCGAGGUAUUAUUGCCUACACAGAAUAUCUUUUCCUGCUAUGCAUUUUGACAAAACCUCAUGCAGGAUUUAAGAUAGCUUUCAACAUGUUUGAUGCUGAUGGCAACCAGAUGGUGGACAAAAGGGAAUUUUUAGUGCUGCAAGAGAUAUUCAGAAAGAAAAAUGAGAAGGGAAGAAAAGGAGAUGCAGAAAAGUCUGCACAGCUGAAUAUGCAACUUUAUGGAUAUCAAUUUGCUCCUGUAACCAGCGUUCUUAAAAGUGACAUUCAGGAGUUUGCCCCCAGAAGCUACUGGGAUAUACUAAGGCAGAGCACAAGCCAAGCACUCUUUUCAGACCUCGCAGAGGAUUAUAGACUAGAGCGUUCGGAUGAAAAUAUAAUGAUAGACACAACUCUACUGGUGCAUUUCUUUGGGAAGAAGGGAAGGGCAGAGCUGAACUUUGAUGACUUUUACAGAUUUAUGGAUAAUCUUCAGACUGAAGUUCUGGAAAUUGAAUUUCUUACAUAUUCCAAGGGCAUGACCACCAUCAGUGAAGAGGAUUUCGCCCGCAUUUUGUUGCGUUACACAAAUGUGGAAAACACCAGCAGUUACCUGGAUAAUGUACGCGAAAGAAUUGCAGAAGAAAAGGGUAUCACAUUUGAUGAAUUCCGAUCAUUUUUCCAGUUUUUGAACAAUCUGGAAGACUUUGCCAUUGCAAUGCAGAUGUACAAUUUUGCAAACAGGUCAGUUGGUCAAGAUGAGUUUAAGCGUGCAGUUUAUGUAGCAACAGGUUUAAAACUUUCUCCACAUUUGGUCAACACUGUCUUCAAAAUCUUCGAUGUGGACAGAGAUGAUCAGCUUAGCCACAAAGAAUUUAUUGGGAUUAUGAAGGACAGACUACAUAGAGGAUCUCGAGGAUAUAAAACUGUUCAGAGAUAUACAACCUUCAAAUCUUGCAUGAAGAAGGAACUGUCAAACAGAUAAGUAACUUACACAGAUGGUUCUGUGCCAUUUGCCACAUGUGUGAAGACAGAGAUUGGCAAACACUUCAGACAUCUGAGACGGCGAUAUGAAGAAAACAUUUAAUUUGUGCUUUAUAAAAAGGGCUUGUGGCAAAUUACAUAGUAUUGUAUGAUAUUUCAUUCUUAAACCAUCUCUGACAAACAAGUAGCAAUCUAUAUUCUGGUUUUGAAGAUACAAUGCAUUUUUUCAAGCAUUUGCACUUGGUUAUAAAGUGUACCUCACUGACUGAAGAACAGUCUAUAAUUUUGUAAUUGUUCUUUAUUUAUUUGAAACUAUUUAUCAAGCAAACACUUUUUUGAUUACUUAUGUGCCUUUUUCUUUAGACUUCUACUUUUCUAUUGUGCAGUGAAAGAUCUCUUAUGAAAUGCUUUAAUGAAGCACAUUGCCUCUAAAUUCAAUUAGUAUAGUAUAUUGGAGUUUAGUAUAAAAUUUAACAUUUUUGUUCUUUCCUUUAUUUCUGUUAAAAUAUUUAUUGCAUUUCAAACAUGCAAUUUUCAGCUUUUUUUUCUUUUUAUAAGCCUGCAUGACAUGAAGAAUUUCAGCAAUAAUAAUGAAUGUUUUCUAUAUUUAUUGUAUUUUUAGUGUACAUGAUUGUUUAAUUUGAUAUUUCAUUCUCAGUUAUAGCUAUUUAUAACCCAGUUAUUGUGCCAUGCUCCUUAGCAUUGCAUUCUAGCAUUAAAAUAUAUACUGGACAUAUGUUGCUCAUAUAUUUACUGUAUGAAAAAUAACUUUAGGUUGAAUGACAUAUCCACUAUGUUAAAUGCAUGAAUACACCUAAUUGUGUAAUUUGUAAGAAAA